UCAAACAUAUCAUGAUCUGAUAGUUAAUGUUUACAAUCUCAAUAGAGAACAAUUAUGGACCUCUCUAACCCGUUCCAGAAGAUUCACACUGAAUAAUGCCAUAUAUAGCCCGUAGCUACCUUGCUAGCUCGUACUAGGUGAUUCGGUUCCUCUCUAAUCUCUCCACAAAAAUUUCAAUGGAUCUGCAGCAAUUAAUGGAGCACCAACUGUUCGACAACGGCACCGUCCCGAGGAGCAUGAUCUCGCCGUUAGAGGCAGACAACGGUUUCACCAACGAGCCGCCGAGUUUCCAGUUACCGGACCUGGACCUUGACUUCAACAUCAACGAGCUCUCCGGGCCGGCACCGGCGAAAGCGUGCUGGUCCGGCUUGGUUGGUUCCGGCUCUCACAAGAAGCUCGACCACAACGCGUACGAGCGCGACCGGCGGAUGCAGCUCAAUCAGCUCUACUCCACCCUCCGUUCUCUCAUCCCCAACGCAGAUCAUACCGUAAAUCAUUCUACCGUAGUAGUAGCCCUAGCGAUUAUGAUGAAAUAUUUACAUAUUAUGACCGAUGUGUAUCUCCCUAUAUGGUGCGGCAUGCAGAAGAAGCUGAGCAUUCCGACGACGGUGUGUCAGGUCCUCGACUACAUCCCCAAGCUGCAGAAGCAGGUCGAGGAUCUGGAGAAGAGGAAACAGGAGCUCACUAGAGCCAAAUGCAGAGAACGACUGCAGUGCCUUAAGGAGAGCACAUGCCGUAUUGUUUCAGCUACUCCUCUCGAUGGCAACGAAAUCAUGGUCCAGGUUAGCCUAUUGAGCAAUAUGGCUGCAAGUCUUCCUCCGUCCAAGUGCAUAAACAUAUUUGAGAACGAAGGCCUUCACCUCAUCAGUUCAUCGACUUUCUCCACCUUAGAGGUCAAUAGAACAUUUUACAGCUUCCACUUUCAGGUAUGAUUUUAUAUAUAUGCGCCCUUGAUUUCCUGUUCAUAUACUAUAUCUACUAGCAUGUGGUAGACGACGCAAAUGGAUGAGAAUCAUCUGUAAUCUGUCUAAAAUACUUUAGACAUUGGCACAUUCAUAGAGG